GAGCCGCCGAGGUACCCGGACCUGUGCGGUCGGCGGCGGCUGCAGCUGGAGCUCCAGAUCCUCAACCGCGAGAUCGACUUCCUCAAGGACGAGCUACAAUCACUUGAAGGAGAUCAACCAGUUUCUAGAAGUUGUAAAGAUGCAAUGUUCUGAUGAUUCCUUGAAAGUUUAUAUAGCUGAAUUGCGGAGCUAUUGAAUGCCAAUAUAAAUUUUAGCCAAACUUCAGCCAUACUGCAUAUGUUUCGUCGAUGUUUGAAGCAAGUUCUGUUUACGUUUUGCUAACAUUCUCCCAUGCAAAACCUGUCAGGGUAAAUGAGUUUGUUGGUACCAAACAAGACCCACUAAUACCAAUAAAGAAGAAGAGGCAUAGAUCUUGCCGUCUUUUUUGGUGGAUCAGAUCGAAAUUGUGCAUAUGCAUUUCAUGUUUUUGCUGCUCCUGCCAGUGCUUUCCUAAGUGCAAAAGACCAAGUUGCUUCAAUGGUUCUUGCUGCCAAUGCUCCAAUAAGUCAUGCUGCAAGCCAAGCUGCAGUUCAUGUAACAAGUCGUGCUGGCCAGACGGCAGUUCAUGUUGCAAUGUCUCAUGCUGCAAACCUGAUUGCCCAUCUUGUAGUCCGAACUGCUGUUGGUGCUGCAAUCCAUCAUGCUGCAAACCGAACUGCAGCUUCUUCAAGAUCCCUUCAUUCUGUAAAUUCCAGUGCAGUCAAAAUUGUUGCACCUGCGGCCUCCCAAGCUGCUCCAGCUGCAAACAAUGCCGUUCAUGUUCUAGGGAUUGCUGCGACUGCAAGCCAAGCUGCAGCUGCUUCAACGAGUGUUGCCGUUGCGCAGAAUGCUGCUCCUGCUCUUGCCCUCAGUGCUCAAGCUGCUUCAGUUGCUUCAAGUCCUUCAAUUGCUCGAACUUGUUUGGGUGCUCCUGCAAGGAGUGCUUCAACUGCCAGUCAUCUUGCUGCAAGGGCCCCCCUUGCUGCAAGUGCCAGUCAUCGUGCUGCGAGGGACAAGAUGGCAGCAGCAGCAGCUGCUGCAGAUCAUGCUCCAGUGUUCCGAAACCGUUGUGCCCCAGAUGUUCUUGCGGGUAUGUUUGGCCCAGUAGGAAAUGUAGAGAAGGAUGUCGAUGUUCUGGGUGCCGUAACUCGUGCUGUGCCACUGGAUGCUUAUGUUAAUCUAAUCUGCACCUUUUGCUAGUAGUUUUUUGUUGGUGCUUGUUAGAUCGUCUUUGGUUUCGUUCAAACUUGACAUAUGGAUUAUUUUUUCCUGUAAACAAAUGACUUUCUUGCCAAAACAUUUUAAGAAAUGAACUGUAAAGUGUGAAAGGUGAUAGGUUUGUCAUCUACAGCAUA